GCGCGAGCCCGCGUUUAGUCUCGGCAUCGAGCGUAAAUGCGCGUGCCAAACUACGGUCUUACAGGUGCGUUAGAUAUUUGUGUAAGGGCGACUUUUCCGGGCGGAGCCUCGUUGGUUGGCUGGAGGCACCGCCUGAUUGCUUCGUAGUUGAGAAAAACAAGCGCAAUCUGCUAAAUAAAUAUGCAGCAGCAGCUACUAGUGGGCGGGCCAAAAUAUGUUGCACGCUGCCUGCUGUGAUACGAGUAAUACACUAUUAUCAAAUCGUCAUUUUUUUAUCAAUUUUUGUGUGGUAAUCCACCUCUGUAUACCAACCAUUCCAACCAUUUGACGGUACAUUAUGAAACUGUAAAUGCAUUUUGCAUUCAUUCUAAAAGGUCCUUAAUCUUUAUUAUUAUCGCACUAAUCUUGACUGUGAGUCACAGCUGUGAAAUGUUGUCAAACAAAAACAAGUCUAUAAUAAGUUGUCCAACAAAGGGCGUCGGUUUCGAUGCAUUUUCUUUCUCCGUGUAUUUAUUUGUCAUGUCACACAAAUACUCUAUUAAUCCUGUCACCGUGGAAACCAGUGCGACUGCCGUAAACCACGCCUCUUUGCAGACGUCACGGCGAUGGGCGCUGUACUUCCUGGUUACUAGGCGCCGCAUGCCUGCUCUGGUUAUUGAUUUAGGGCUGGUUAUAAUAUUCCAUUGUCAAGGAAUGCUACACAACGUCCUGCGACGUGACUUGAUUCGACUGGCGCUCACUCUCUGCGGACUUCCGAUCACCGGCUGCACCCACAAAGUCCGGUCGGCCAUCUCUUGCUCAUCUUCUCGCCCUCCCGGAACCAGUCAAACCAUCAAGCCCAUUAGUACACGUUGCUUUAACCUCGACACUACCAGUAUCUGGACAAUGCCAUCCUCGGCAGGGCCUCACAUCAAUGCUAGAUGCGCCCUGUACCCAGGGUCACAAAUCAAGCGCUUCCUCGUGCCUGACGACAAGGUGGAAUGGAGUCAGAACUGGCCGCAGUAUAAUCCUGUCAGCUACACCGACCCUUCAGUAGAAAAGAAGCCAGUGUGGGCGGAUCCGGAUAUUGGAUCUUUCUCUCCAAAGUUUAACACCGUGGACGGUGCUGUGGACAGGACGAGCUUUGAAGGCAGCUACAAAACCGAAAAUGGAAAGCCCAUAAAUCCUCGUGGACGCACUGGGGUGACUGGUAGAGGUUUACUGGGACGAUGGGGACCCAAUCACGCAGCAGAUCCCAUUGUCACCAGAUGGAAAGUAGAUGUCAAAAAAGCAAAGGUUUCUCACUCCGUCUCCCAGCGGCCCAUCUUGCAGUUUGUGUCCAUCAAGAGGAAAGACUGUGGGGAGUGGGCCAUUCCAGGGGGGAUGGUAGAUCCAGGGGAGCAGGUCUCUCUCACGCUGCAGCGGGAAUUCUCGGAAGAAGCGCUGAAUUCGCUGGCCGUCCCGGCAUCGGAGGCGGCCGAGAUCAGCGAGCGCAUCGGCAAACUCUUCAAAACGCCGGGGUUUCAGGUGUAUAAAGGCUAUGUGGAUGACCCUAGAAACACUGACAAUGCCUGGAUGGAGACGGUGGCCGUCAACCUCCACGACGAAUCAGGAAACAGCGUGAGCGAGCUGUCGCUGCAAGCCGGCGAUGACGCAGGGCAAGUCCAGUGGGUCGAUGUCGACUCGACUUUCCCAAUGUACGCAAACCAUGCCCAUUUCCUGGAGCUGGUUGCCAAAGAAAGGAAAGCUCACUGGUAACCAAGGGGCACCGAGUCUGAUGUGACGACGACGAUGAUGAAGGAAAGACGAAGGGCCUUGUUGCUUUCUGUGUGCUGCAUGACACAUAAACUUAUGCAAAUCUCGCCUCGCUAAUCCAAACUUACCAUCAAAGUUAGCGAACAUUUUAUCGACAUUUAUCCCAUUAGGUGCAUAUGCAUGCCUGCUAUAUAAUUGCACAGCGGCAUUAGGACUGUAGAUUAACAUUGAUCUAGUGUAGCAUAAUGUAUGAUAUGAUUGAAGCUGCUCCUUGAUUGGAGCUACAGAGAAAAGGAAAAACAUAAAAGAAAAUCAUUCAACUGCCCACUUGGAAAGAACUUGACCCACGAUUGUAAAAUGAAAAAAUACUCUAUUGGCACUAAUUAUGCUAAUGAAUUCAAUGUCAAGAAGGAUCACAUCGACCCAGCGUGAUACUGUAACAACAAACACAAUGACAUGCUGAACAUGACACGUACUACAUUAAUUUGAGUGUGAUAUGAUAAGGAGGGCGCCCGAGAUGGGGGGAAAAAAACGCAGACUGACUUUGAUCUCUAGAUGUGAAUAGAACAAGAAGAAAGGCUGCAGCUGCCCACACGGCCCAGCAGUGCACCAACGCUGAGCACAGACAGGCCGAAGCUAGAGAACAAACGUGUUUUCAAGUGGUAACAGACGGUGGAAGCAAAGGCAACAGAAGGUGUCAUCUCUCUGCAGGGGGAGGGGGGGAGUGGGGGGGGGGGCAGAGAAGCCAGCGUAUGGGCACUUCUUUCAUCAAGAGGCAGCGCACCGCAGACCACCAAGUCUUUGCAAUGAAACUGGUGUGUCUUCUGGUGCAACUGACCCGAUUUCACAAGGUGUGAUGUGACAUUUUUGAACACGGUAGGACUAGCGAGCAGCUUAACCCGGCGCUAAAUGGAAAGGGAGAUGAAUAUUUAAUGUGCCCGCAUUGCUGCUUAAGCCACAACAUUUGUCUGCACAACAUGAUAUCCCAUUAAAAUGUCCACUCACUCGUCAGGUGGACUCCCAGUACACCGAGGCCACUUCCCAUCGCUACUCGAGCAUUUACAGUCAGAGCACUGAGGGCUUCUGACGUCGCAGGAAGGGAGUGUAUUUCCCUUCCAGAUGUUCCCAGUUGUGUCUGUAACCCGCCAGUCACAUCAUCCUCUAAUCUUUGCCUUCAAAAGUUCCGACCGACUUUAUUUCUCUAUGCUUAUUGUGAUUAUGGCUGGUGGUUAUUACAAGACAAAUAAAAAAAAAAUACAUGGUAGGAGGAGCUGUGAACUAAUUUAUGUUUUGAUUGGUUUUAUCAUAAUUAUUGUUAGGUAUAGGGCUUUGCUGAAGGGACUGUAUUUGCUGGAAUGAUAACUAACACUAGUAUCUACUUACUAAAUUUGCACUGAAAAGCAUCGACACCGACAUCUCUGAUCUUUUGUUUUUUAAUAUUAAUCCUGACUUGAUUUUUGUGUUUGCGUUUUGAAGGUGCUUAUUAUACAUAAUCUACUGUAUUUGUCCCACAGCAUGUGUAGCACCAGCUGUCAUUAUGUCUCAGCCUAUAGUUUAUAGUUGCAUUAGAAGACCUUAUGCAUUAUGAAGUGCACUUACAUCUACCACAUCAGUGUCUAAUGUGUAUUUUUCUCAUUGUGAAAAGUAAAAAAAUAAAAUGUGUUUGUCUUGGACUGUAA